AAUAGACUUAGAACCAGAAUCUAUGUGUAGGAAACAUCGAUUGUCCUAACUUGCGGACGUGCUUUACAGCACUCGACACCCAUAGUUUUGGUGUGAAUUUUAAACGAACAAAACAUGAGCACAACUGAACAAGUUGAAAUGGCAGUUUCUGAAUCAUUAAUCUCAAUGACAGAUUUGUUCAUCCUCUCAUUAGCUGGGGGGUUUGCUUUCUACUGGUUCUUUGUGAGAAAUAAAAAACAAGAAGCACCAAAUUUUAAGAAACUAUCUAUAGCGCCAGUUUUAGAGAGAUCAGAGUCAAGCGAUGCAUCUUUUAUAACUAAAAUGAAAAACACAAAUAGAAAUGUGGUUGUAUUUUAUGGCUCACAAACUGGAACAGCUGAAGAGUUUGCCACUCGUUUAGCUAAAGAUGCCUCAAGAUAUGGGAUGAAAGGGAUGGUGGCAGAUCCUGAAGAAUGUGAAAUGGAGGACCUUUCAAAACUAGCCGAGAUAGAAAACAGUUUGGCCAUUUUUUGUAUGGCAACAUAUGGUGAGGGAGAUCCAACAGAUAAUGCACAGGAAUUUCAUGAAUAUCUGGCCAAUGGUGGAGAAAGCCUGGCUGGUAUAAGAUUUGCUGUGUUUGGUCUAGGCAAUAAAACCUAUGAGCACUACAACUCAAUGGGUAAAUUUGUGGACAAACGUCUGGAAGAGCUUGGAGCAGAAAGAGUUUUUGAGUUGGGCCUGGGGGAUGAUGAUGCCAAUAUUGAAGAAGACUUUGUUACCUGGAAGGAAAAGUUCUGGCCAGCUGUGUGCUCUUACUUUGGUGUGGAGGCAACAGGUGAAAAUGUAAAUACAAGGCAAUAUGCUCUAACUCCUGUCCCAGAAGAUCUCCCCAAAGAAAAAAUAUUUACCGGAGAGCCAGCUAGAGUUGGCUCAUUCACUAAUCAGAAGCCUCCCUACGAUGUGAAAAACCCUUACCUUGCUCCUAUCACAGUUAACAGACAGCUUCAUAAAGGGGGUGAUAGGUCUUGUAUGCAUAUUGAACUUGAUAUUUCUGAGUCUAAAAUAAGAUAUGAAACUGGUGAUCAUGUGGCAAUCUAUCCAGUGAAUGACUCCGAACUUGUGGAGAAACUUGGCAAGCGAUUGGGUGUGGACUUGGAUACUGUUUUCUCCCUUACAAAUAUUGAUGAGGAUGCCAGUAAAAAACAUCCAUUCCCUUGCCCAUGCUCAUACAGAACUGCACUGAUGCACUACAUAGACAUCACAAACCCUCCACGUACUCAUGUUUUGGGAGAACUUGCUGAGUACACGGAUGACCAAAAAGAUAAAGAAUUUUUACAGAAGAUGACACAUGCCACUGAAGAGGGAAAAAAACUGUACCAGGACUGGAUACAUAAUGACCAUCGCAAUAUCCUGGCUGUGCUGGAAGACAUCCCCUCCCUUAGACCACCUAUUGACCACAUAUGUGAGUUGUUGCCUAGGCUACAGCCCAGGUUCUACUCCAUCUCUUCUUCACCUAAGGUUCACCCUAAGAGCAUACACAUCACAGCUGUCCUUAUAGAGUACACCACACCAACAUCCCGCGUUUCCAAGGGAGUGUGUACGUCCUGGCUGGCCUCUAAGAAACCCUCUGGUGAUGCUGUACUCAGGGUACCAAUUUAUGUGCGCAAGUCUCAGUUCCGCUUGCCAUUCAAACCUGCUACACCAGUGGUCAUGAUUGGGCCUGGAACUGGACUGGCACCUUUCAGAGGUUUCAUCCAGGAAAGAGACUACUUCCACGAAGAAGGGAAACCAGUUGGAGAUACCAUUCUCUACUUUGGAUGCCGCAACAAGGCAACAGACUUCAUCUACGAAGAGGAGCUGAUGAAAUAUGUUGAUAAAAAAGUGCUGAAACUGCACACUGCCUUUUCCCGUGAUCAGCCACAGAAAAUUUAUGUUCAACAUUUAAUUGAUCAAAACCAUGAUGAAAUUUGGAAUGUGCUCAAUAACAAUGGACACAUCUAUAUUUGUGGGGAUGCAAAAAAUAUGGCAAGAGAUGUUCAUGCUAUGCUUGUGAAAAUUUUAACUACAAAAGGUGAUAUGAGUACCGCAGAUGCAGAAGAUUAUAUUAAAAAGCUACAAUCUAAGGGACGCUACUCAGCUGAUGUAUGGAGUUAAGGAUUAUCCAGUUUUAAAAUGAAGCCUGAAAUGAAAUAUGUGAAUAGUUACUUUAACCUAUUUAAUUUUAAAAAUCAUUCUGUUGUCUGUAAUGCAUUUUUUUUAAAUUGUGGAAUUUUUAACUUGUAUUGUUUUUAUUACUAUUAGAAGGAAUUUCAAAUUAAUGUAUAUUUUUCUAUAUAAACCAAGAAAGUCAUAAUAUUAGGAAUUUUAUGAGGAAGAGCCUCAAUCAAUCUUUGGGCAUUUUUAAGGACAGUUGUGUAAAUGAGAGUAUUGUAUUUAAAUGCUGCUUGAAGUCAACUUUAUUUUAACACAUUCUAUAAGUUAUAAGUGUGAUGUUUUUUUUAGUACAUUACCACUCUUAAAAUCUUAUUACAAUGACAUUAAUUUUCAUCCAGUAGCCUUGAAGGUGUUGUUGCCUAUGGCAUCAAAUUAUGAAAUCAAAACUGUCAUUUACAAAGUUGGGACAAAUGUUAUUAAAGACUGCAAUGAAUAUGUGAUUACUGAUUUAGCCUUAGAAUUACUUUCAAUAUUUUAAUAUUCUUAUUAUGAUAAUAUAAAUACUUUGAUUAAUUUAUUUAAAGCUGAAAAGCAUUGAAUUUUUUUGAGAUCAGCAUCUGAAAGAAGAAAUUUCUGGAAACUAUCUUUUUAUGACCAGAUGCUUAGAGAUUCAAAAGGUAAUAUUAAUCUGAAGUACUCAGAUCACUAAUUAGACCAUUUCCUUUGUGGCCUUAAAUUCCUAUCCUGUUCAUUUAUUAUUAAGAUAACACAAACCACUUCAGUUCAACUGUAGCCUUUGUAAUUUCUUCACAUGACUCUACAUUGUAUGUCGAUACAAAAUAAAAGCUCAUUCUCAUAUAUAUAUACAGUUAAUUUUAGUUAUACUAUGUUGUAUUAGUUUCUAUUUCAACCUGUAUUUGCCUCGCCACAUCUUCAUUUGUUUUUGGUCAAUACCUACAUAUAUUUUUAUUUACAUAUGAUUAAACUGUAAUAAGACAUCGGCUAUGAUAGGUCUUUUAUGUUGAAAAGUGUCAUAGCUAAUAGAAUCGAUGUAAAAUAUUAUAGUUUAAAAUUAUUUUACAUUACUAAUGGACCCAGAAAUAUUAUCUGCAGACUGUUUUUAAAGAAAUAAAAUGUGUAGUAUAAACAU